CAGAGGUCGCAGAAAUAAAAAUGGCGAGAACUAAAUUUGACGUCGCAGUAAUUGGAGUAUUUUUUAGUUUUUUUGACAGUGUCCUGUGCUACUAUUGUGAUAAUGAUAAGUGUUUGGAGGACCAGUUCUGUUGUGGAGAAAAUAUCUGCUGUGUCUCAUACAAAGUCUGGGAACUCUGGUAUUUCUGGUUGGGUAUCCUGUUUUGCGUAUUCCUGUUGUCCCUAUGUGGAUGUUUCUGGCGGGAGAGACAGCGUGCAUACUGGUUCCACUCUCCAACACAGCAUCCAUACAGGCAGCUGAAUCCCGAGGAUGAUUUAAAAUAUAAGGAUGACUACCAUGCAAAGAAGGAUAGAUCUCCCGAGUUUUACGGUCCUUCCCAGCCAUCAUGGUACAGCCAGGGGACUGCUUCCCCGUCCACAGUUUACAGUGACAAUGAGCAGCUCUAUGAUACAGACACAAGCAGGAAACCAGACUACUAGCACUUCCUGUAGACGAUUCCUGUGAAAUGGUACCUGAAAUUCAUCUCAAGGAAUUUAGACUGUUUUGUGAAAGUGCUUUGUAUUUCCUGAUGUUUGGUGCCAAGUUUCAUCUCAUCAAGUUAUAAGGUGUAUAAGCAGGAAACCAGGUUACUAGAACUUCCUGUAUAUGCAGUCUGGUUCCUGGUUUUCAUCUCAUAAAGGAUCUUUAAUGAAACCAGACUGGUCUUUGGUGCCCAAAAUUUGCCAUCAAAUUUAUACCGUUUUUAAGCAGGAAACCAGUCUAUAAACACUUCCUGUAGUACGUGUACAGUACAUGUAUUCUGGUACCUGGCUUUCAUAAUAAAGGAUAUUGGAGGAAACCAGACUAAAGCUUACCAAUUCUUUCAGGCGUUUAGUGUCCAGUUUUAUUCCAUAAGCGUCAUAAAUGGAUUCUUUGAUAAGCAGUAUCACUCAACUUGUUAAGGGAAAUAUUUGUUAUAUUAUUACACAAGUGUGAAUUUAAAACAUAGUUUCUGGCUACGGAAGUUUUUCUUAACUCGUAUACUACUGAGUUCUGGUUUAUUUUACAUAUUGUUCUAUUUAGACACACUGAUCUUGAAAUGAAAUAAAUCCAUGUUUGUGUACAUUCAAUUGGCAUGCAGACAAAGCCCAAUCAGGGGUAUAUAAACUUGUAGAUCUGUUAAAAUGGAAUUAUUGUCGUACACAUUUAAAUAAAAAAAAUGCAAAAGCUUUGAAAAGGGCUACAGAACUGGUCAUUUAUUAAAAUCUUUAAUAUUUUUUGUAACUUCAAUUGAGUUAAUUUCCUGAGAUAAUUUUUGCCAAAGUCAAAAAAAAGAGAUGAAUUUUUGUUGUUGUUUUUUAAUAACUUACAGUCUGUAUUGUGAAUGCUGUCAGUGAAAAUAAGGUAUUUUAAAAAAAAAUCGAGCAAUAUAUAAAAUAUAUGAUUUUAACAAUCAGUUAAAUAAGUACAAAAAUGAUAGGAAGUGACUUAUGUAAGGGAUUGACCUACAGUGUAAAUGUAUGUUUAAUGUUUAAGGAAAUGACUUAUGUAGGAAAAUGACUUAUAAUGUAUUAAAGGAAACAAUUUUUGUUAGGAAAUGAUUCAAGACCUUUAAUGCAUACUUAAGCCAGUUGCCAUAAGUGGUGAAUCAUGUAUUAUAUGAUCUUAUAAAAUGUGGGCAUUUGCAAUUUGUCAUCUUGUUAAUGGCUUAUGUACAUGUAUAUAUGUUUAAUGAAAGUCCAUAUGUUAUAUUAUAUAAGAACCGGUGCCUAAUAUUUACUUUGGGGUUCUUACGAUUGUUGUAUGUUUUUAAAUAACUGUCCCUGUAUAUAAUUGUAGGCCUGAGUGAAUACAGUCUGCCCAAGAUAACAUUAAAAGUGGGAAUAGUCGGUUUAUUAAAAAAAGGUGAACCAAAAUUUAAAGCAGAAUGUAUCUUCAUGAUGUUGUUUUACUAUGAUUUGCCAAAUUUUCUGGUUUGGACUAAUUUGAUUAGAGUUCUGUUAGCACAAAAUCAUCCUGGGAUGACUGCAUGUCAUAAAUUCUAUUCAUAGUGUGUAAUUGAUAUCUGUUAUUAAUAUUGAUUUUCGUUGUUUAUCUCUAAUUUGUCCAUGCAUUAUGUUUAAAAAAUAUAUGUAAAUACAUUAUAUGAUAGAUUUCACAGACAGAUUUGAAUGUUUUCAAUUGACUUGCAACAAAAUUUGUUGUAAAAAAUUAUGUUCCAUUGUUGAAUUCAGAAAGAUUUAAUCUCGCUGAAUUUUAAAAUGAAAAAAAUGGGUAUUAUUAUUGUCAUAUAGCUUUGGAAAACGUUGUGGCUUCUCAUUAUAAAUGUUGCCUUCGUUGGAAUCAUGCACAAUUUUUAUGUAAGCCAUAGCUUAGGCGAAGCUCAAACACAGGCACUGAGACCCUGGGUCACCAAUAUCAGAAGUUCUCCAGUUACUUAAUCUUGAUCUAAAUUAAUGGUAGGCCAGAACACAUUCAUUCAGGCAUAAAAAGGAAGAAUACAUAAUGGAGUAUGCCAGGGUUCCCUUAGUGUGAUUUGGGGAGGGAUAGUGGGUCUAGAUUAAAUCCAGCUUCAACCCUGUUAACUUAUCAAUCAAACUUGGAAAUCAUUUAAACAGUAAUCAUUCACAAUAACCAAUGCAUACAUAACAUAGAGUAAUGAUAGUAACUGUAUGUGUAAGAAGUCACAUGCUUUGGCUAAGAAAAACUUAAAGCAGAAGAGUGUUUGUGUCCUCUCGAAGUGCUUUUGUAAACAGAACUGUCAUAACAAAAUAAACUUAUAGUGUUAUAAUUGCUUUGAAUUUUCUUCAUUUAAACUUCAGUUUGUCAAUAUUGAAAGUGUGUUGAAGUCGCUAUAAGUAAAGAUCUUGCCACAAUGAUCAAGUCAUUAUUAAUUUUGUCCAAGUCAUUUUAAAUCAAUAUCAAAUACCAUUAUAAAUUGUCUUUUAGUUAAAAUGUAUUUUUGAACAUUACAUUUUUAGAAAAAAGCCUUUAAAUUUGUGGUUGGCUUGGAACUGGCAGGGGCAAUAUUGAGACCUCUGAUCUUUAAGAUGAAACUGAUCUUGAUUUCAUUGCUGAAAUGUAACAGACAGGGAUGCAGUUUGGCUGAAUUGAUGUGUAGGCCGAUUUCUUUGUUGGUUUGUGGGCAUGUUAUUUUUAACAGCUAGAUUAUUGAGAGUUGCAUUUUGGUAUGCAUUUUCCACCAGGAAAUAUAUUGAUACAAGUACACCUAUAUCCUAACAUUUUACUUUGGAACAGUAUGGUAGAUAAAUAUGUAUAGCAUUGUUAUUUUUUCAUAUUUACGGUUUGGAUAUUUGUCAGUUAUAUUUUCUUAGGUACUAGUAUAUGUAAUAUGUUACUUUCAAUGAUGAAUAGGCCAGUUGCGUAUAUCAGCCAAUAUCAGAAUGUUGAUGAAGUCAUUUAACAGGACAAAAAAGGACAAAAUAUCGCAUUCUCUACACAAUAUAGUUAGCUUGCCAUACUGCAACCAUUGAUAGAUUGUACACAGGAUUGUUUGAAAAAUAAUGACUUGAUUGGUUAAUAGUUAUGACUGGAUAUAUAUUGACCAAUCAAUAAACAUUUUGUGUUACUUUGAGUCUUUGACCAAACAAAAAACUUUAUAGUUUUAUACAAUUGGCUGCCAGCCAUUACCGUAGUAUUACUGUGUUUGUAUGAUUUUUUUUUUUAAAUAUUUAUUAUGGAGCAACAUGUAUAGCUCUGUAUAUUGAAGAAAGCUUCACAAAAAUAAGAUGAAUGUCAGAACAUUUUACUAAAUAUAUGAUAGCGUAACUAAAUGGUAUAACCUUAUUUCAACUUGUCAUGUAUUUCAACGAGAACAAGUCUAGGUAUUCACUUUUGUCAGCAUGUUGACAUCAUCAUCAUUAAAACCCCCUUUGCAGAAUCAUGCAAAAAAAAAAAAGCGGUUCAUAACUUGGUUGAUUAAAAAAAAAAAAAACAGACAAGCUUUGGCGUCUUGUAACUUUUGUCAUUGGUUUUUACAACAUACAUUGUUAAUACAGUGAAAAUG